CUGGAUGUUGCCUUAAGAAUAUGAGCUUUAAACGGCCACAUCAGCAGAGAUUAGAUGUCGAGAUAAGAGGGCGUGUGGUUUAAAAGGAGUGGCAAGACUUUGAGUAAGUUACUCCACGCUGCAGUCGUCCAGCUCACACUCACAGCCACCAUGACCUUCAACGGAAGCUGGAAAAUUGACCGCAAUGAGAACUAUGAGAAAUUCAUGGAAAAAAUGGGAGUUAACAUGGUGAAGAGGAAGCUGGCUUCUCACGACAGCCUCAAGAUAACCAUCGAACAAACUGGAGACAAGUUCAACGUCAAGGAGAACAGCAAUUUCCGCAACCUGGAAAUAGACUUCACCCUGGGGGUCACCUUCGAGUACAGCCUGGCAGAUGGAACCGAACUUUCAGGCUCCUGGAACAUGGAGGGAGACAUGUUGAAGGGGCUCUUCACCAGAAAGGACAACGGAAAGUUACUGACAGCAACCAGAAUCGUCCAAGGAGAUGAACUCAUACAGAGCUACAACUAUGAAGGUGUGGACGCAAAGAGGAUUUUCAAGAAGUGUUAGACAAAUCUGAUCAACACAACUUUACAGGGAGAUGUUUGAUGUCAGGGUUACAUACAGUAUUGUGUUGAAUUAUCAACUCCUUACACCAACAUAAACUGUAAAAUGUGCACUACUUGUGACUCCCAUAAAGUAUAUGAAACAUAUUUGAAUUGCACAUGUUUUUGAUACUUGUGGUAAUAAAGCCAUACUGUAACAGCC